AUUUGAAAUACGGCUGCCCCAUGCAACGCCUCAACAAACGCCUCGGUCAGUCUUUCCGAGGAUGCAUGCUAAGCCUUUUUCAUAUCUUAAACUGACAUUAACGGCUGUUCCUUACUUCUUUCCUGCACGGCUACACGACAGCUGUAUUCUAGGACAGCCAAGCUGUUCCAGACGCAUGUAUUUAAUUAAGUCUCUCCUUGUACGCCUCAAGCAGUCACAGACAUCUCUGCAAUAAUUGCAUGACGUGUAGCUUCGUAGAGACGUUUCGCCAAGAACACUCUUGACGCCGAAGGCUGUACGCUUCAGCAGACAACCUCUUGAGGAAUGUACAUCAGCGAAGUUUGCAUCGAAGGAUUUAAGUCAUAUGCAAACCGUGUUACGCUCAGCAACUUCGACCCAUGCUUCAAUGCCAUCACCGGCCUUAACGGCAGUGGCAAAUCCAACAUCCUCGACUCAAUAUGCUUUGUUUUGGGCAUAAAAAACCUUAGCCAGGUCCGUGCCACCAACUUACAAGAACUGGUGUACAAACAAGGCCAGGCUGGCAUCACAAAGGCAUCCGUGUGUAUCACCUUCCGCAUUGAUGAUCCCAAGAGGGCCCCAACGGGCUUUGAGGACAGGGACACCAUCAGCGUCACACGCCAGGUGGUCAUUGGCGGCCGCAACAAGUACCUCAUCAAUUCUCAAGCAGCUACUGAGACCCGCGUGGCGGAUCUCUUUCAGUCGGUGCAACUCAAUGUCAACAACCCCACCUUCCUCAUCAUGCAAGGCCGUAUCACCAAGGUGCUCAACAUGAAGCCGCCUGAGAUCCUGGCGCUGCUGGAAGAGGCAUCCGGCACGAAGAUGUACGAGAAGAAGAAGCAGAACGCGCUAAAGACGCUGGAAAAGAAGCAGGCGCGCCUGGAGGAGAUCGACGCGCUGCUUAAGGCGGACUUGGAGCCGGAACUGGAGCGGCUACGCAAGCGCUGCGGCGAGUACAACGAGUACAACGCGGUCAUCUCGCAACGCGACCGCCUGCUGAAGUUCUGCCUGGCGUACGACCAUGUGCACUGCACGCGUCUUAUCGACUCGGGCGGAGCGGAGGUCGCUGCAAUGGAGGAGUCCAUGGCCAAGAAGGCCGAGGAGCGAGACGAGAAGCAGCGCGAGGCGGCGGAGCUCGCGGCCCAAGCUCGCGACCUUGCGACCGAAAAGGAGAUCAAGGGCGGCGGCGAGAUGCGGGAACUGAAGAAGACGGUGGACGACCUGCAGCUCAAGCUGUCCGGCAGCACCACCGCGCUGAAGCACGAGCAGGACGAGCUCAAGUCGGAGCAGGCGGCUCUCAAGAAGCUUCAGGCACAGGCGGCCGAGCUGGCGGCGCAGGACUUGGAGGGCGCGGUGGCGGCAGCGGAGCAGCGCCGUGACGAGGCCAGGGCCGCGCUGGAGGCGGCGGAGAAAGCUGUGGAGGCGGCCACGCGCGAGCUGGCAGGUGCGGAGGCGGGCGACGGCCGCGACGAGUCAAACCGCUCUCUGCAAGAGCGGCUGGCGGACGCGCAGGUUCAGCAGACGGCCGCCGACGCGGCUGCGGCCGAGGCGGAUCUGGCCGUGAAGCACCUCACCAAGCAGCUGGCGGAGCAGCGCAAGGCGGCAGCGGCCAAGGAGAAGGAGGGCGCCAACCUGGCCCGGGAGCUGGAGAGGCACACGAGCAAGGUCGAGGAGUGCACCGCUCGGCUGCAGGGGCUGCACUUUGACGAGCCAGCCAUGCGCCAGCUUGAGGCGCGUCGCGACGAGUGCAGGGCGGUGGUACAACGCACCCGCGACCAGGUCAAGAACCUGGAGGGCGAGACAUACGGUGCGCGGUUCGAGUACACGGCGUCCCGCAACCUCGAUACGCGGAAGGUGCACGGCACCGUGGCGAAGCUGGUGACCGUCACGGACCCUGCCGCGGCACUGGCGCUGGAGGUGGCGGCGGGUGGCAGGCUUUACCAGGUGGUGGUGGAUGACGAUGCGACGGCCAAGGAGCUGCUAGAGCGCGGCCAGCUGAAACGUCGCACGACCAUGGUUCCCCUGAACAAGGUGCGAGGUGAGCCCAUGCGGCGGGAGCUGGUGGAGGCGGCGCACCGGCUGAGCGGCGGCAAGGCGCGCCCCGCAGUGGACUUCCUGCAGUUCGACCCGCGGUUCGCUCCGGCCGUGCACUACGCCUUUGGCAACGUCUUCAUCUGCCAGGACGGAGGCACCGCCAGGAAGCUCGCGUUCAGCCGCGAGGUCCACGUGCGCUGCGUGUCGCUCGAGGGCGACGACUUCAACCCCGCCGGUACCCUUACCGGCGGCAGCCGCGGCAACCGCGCCUGCCUGCUGGCGAAGCUCACGGAGCUGGCUGCAGCGCAGGCCAACCUGAACCAGGCAUCCCGGGAGCUCGCGGAUGUGGAGGGCCGCUUGGGGGCCAUGGAGGCGACCGCACGCGAGCACACCAAGUACAGCAAGGAGCUGGAGCUGGCGCAGCACAGCCUCAAGCUGGCACAGCAGCGGGUGGCGGGCAGCGAGGCGGCACAGCUGGUGGCGGCGGCAGACGCCACGGAGAAGCAGCUGGCGGCGGCAAAGGAGUCGGGAAUUGAGGCGGCCAACAAGAAGAAGGAGCUCAUUGAGCUGGCCAAGUCCCUGGAGCGUGAGAUCCGCGAUUUCGACAAGGACCGCGGAGCUCGCAUCAAGGCGGCCCAAGACAAGCUCAAAAAAGCCAAGUCGGCCGCCGAAGCCGCCCGUAAGGCCCUGCGGAUUGUCGAGACGGCGCUGGCGAAGGCACAGGCCGAGCGGGACGCCGCGGGAGGCGAGAAGGACGCGCUCCUAGGGCAGAUUACGGCGGCGCAACAAAGCGUUGCGAACGCUGAGGCGGAGGUAGCAAAGCUCUCCGAUGAGGUGAAGGUCGCGAAGGAGGCGGCAGCGGCCGCCGCCAGCAGGCUCAAAGCCAUGCAGGACCGGAUGGCGGAGUGCGACGGAGAGAUUCGGGCCCUGGAGAUGGCGCGUGAGGCCCUGGUGAAGAAGGCGGCCGAGUACGACUCGGAUAUCAAGAAGAUCGAGGCCAGGAUUAAAAGCAAGCGCGAGCAGAUCCAGAAGUCCGUGGAGUGGGUGGCGCGCACCGAGGCGGAGCACACCUGGGUGGCGGCGGAGAAGAAGCACUUUGGGACGGGCGACUACUGCUUCGACAGGGUGGACAUCGCCGCCAUGCGGAGGGAGUACGAGAAGGCAAUGGAGCGGAGCGAGGCGCUCAAGGGCAAGGUCAAGGCAUCGGUGCUGUCCCAGCUUGAGAAGGCCGAGGCGGACCACCGCUCGCUGUGCGAGAAGCGCAAGGUGGUGGAGGCUGACAAGCUCAAGCUGCAGCAGGUCAUGGAGGAGCUGGAUGAGCAGAGCCGCAUGGCGCUGCAGGACGUGUGGGGCAAGGUCAACGAGUGGUUUGGGAAGAUCUUUAAGACCCUCCUGCCCGGCACCCAGGCUAAGCUGGAGCCACCGCAAGGCGGCACAUAUAUGGACGGCCUGGAGGUGAAGGUCGCGUUUGGCGACGUGUGGAAGGAGUCGCUGACGGAGUUGUCGGGCGGCCAGCGAUCGCUGCUGGCACUUUCCCUCAUCCUGGCGCUCUGCAGGUUCAAGCCCGCGCCCAUCUACAUCCUGGACGAGGUUGACGCCGCGCUGGACCUCAACCACACCCAAAACAUCGGCCGCAUGAUCCGCGAGAACUUCCCCGAAAGCCAGUUCAUCGUGGUGUCGCUCAAGGAGGGCAUGUUCUCCAACGCCAGCGUGCUCUUCCGCACCAAGUUCGUGGAGGGAGUGUCCACCGUCACGCGCACCGUGACCGACACCGGCCGUGCGGCGGCGGCGAGGCCGGGCAGGGAGAACGCUGGCGCGGGCGGUAACAAGGGGACCGGUGGGGGCGCGCGGGCGCGAGGGGGAGGUGCGCUGCGGGAUGCCAACUGAGGCCACCAGCGGCAGCAGUGGACAGUGCAUUAUGCGUGAUUAGGUCAUAGGCGAUAUGUCAUGUGUGAUUUCAUCAUAGACGGCUCUUGUACCUAAGCCACUUGCCUAGGUACCUGCUAUUUAGCGCGUGAUCAACAAGGUUGAAGCUUUCUCAAUCCCUUCAUCCGAGCAGUGAGUUGCGCCGCAGUGAGCCAGCGAUGGCCAGAUGCCAUACGGAGGGGUGGGGCUUCAUGUAGCCGCUUUCCAUGUCGGAUACCAGUGUCAUGCAUGUAUGUGGGAGAUGGUGUCUGGCAGAUGCCGGGCCAAAGGUGUGUUUGACGGGUUUGCAAUGGCCCGAUAUGUAGACAAUUCUGCAGGCUUAUGUGUGCUGAACGAAGGGAAGGAUGCCCAUGUACGAGACAUCUUGUUUGCAUUCCUAGUGUCUUAAUGAGUGAACUUUACAGUGAUCCCCUAAGAAUGGGAACACGGGUGAUGAGCCCAACCCUGUACCGGUAUGUCUAGCCAGAAGUGUUAAUGUUUGGCCUUCGUUAUAAAUGCAGCUGUAAGCACACAACUGGGGAAGUCAGUCAAGGAAUGGUCGCAGCUUGACCUAGACAGGGCGAUGCUCCUGGCU